AUGGAUAUGGUAAGAGAAAGUGAUGUCUUCUCUCGUCAUUCAAGUGACUUCCUUCUUUACUCAUCAGGUUAUUUCGACGAGAAAUUCUACGUGCUUGAGUGGAUCACCUACCUGAAGCGACUCUCGUUAAUCGCGUUAAUGUUGUGUGGUGUCGUUUUGUAUUACGUGCCCAAGUCACGUUCAUAUGCUCGAAGAACAUGUUGCAUCUUGAUAGAUACUGUUGCAAAUGGAUUAAAGUUUGCCUUAAAUAUAGAUGAAAUUAAAUAUGAAAAGAUAAAAGCGAGAUAUGAAAAUGAAACUAAAGAACUAAGAAUACAAGAACUAUACAGAAAAGUAUACGAAGAAGAUAUAAGAAAUAGUCAAAAAUACAUUAACAAAACAAACUUGGAUAACGAUAAUCAUAAAUCAAUAAGAAAACACAAAAGUAAGAAAUUCCGCGCAAGGCACACUAUCGGUGGAAAACAUGAACGUCAUCGACAUAAUCGUCAUAAUCAAAAUGCGAUCAAUAAUAUGUUGCCGGAAUCCAAUGCAAUGAUAACCGAGUAUGUAUAUAUGUCAUAUGAAAUAGGAUUAUCAACUUACAUAAUUACAUCACUGUCAGACUAUUGAUGAAAUGGAACUUAAUACAUCGAAAAUUACAUAUUUUCGAUAAGGAAGACACAU